GUCGGGCGGGAGCGGAGCUGCGGAGCGGAGGCCGGCCGGCUGCAAGCGCCGCGGCGGCUCGGUCGGAGACUGGGGGAAGGGUGGGCGGGCCGGCCGGCCGGCUGGCUCGCGCUCUCGCAGCUUCUCAGGCGGAGCCGGACCGGGCCGGACCGGGAAGACCUGAUCCUCGACCGCCCGCGAGGACCGUGGAGCCGGCGGUGAGAGGCUGCGGAGCCCGCCGGGAGCCCCGCGCGCCACCCGGGGCCAUGGGCUCCUGAGAUCCCGGCGCACGCCGCCGCGUCUGCCGCUGCGCGGAGCGAAGAGCAAAGGAGCCGCAGCAGCCGGGGAAGCCAGGGAGCAGCUCGCGGGGACCCUCAGCCCCGAGGCAGCCUCGGAGCCGCCGCUCGCUGCUCCUCCCUCCGUCCCUCCCCUCCCCCACCCGCAUCCUCCGGGGCCCAGAGGGAGAGAGAGAGAGAGGAGGGGCGCCGGCCGAACCGGAGCCUCCGCCGCCGCGGCCAUCGCCCGCGCGCCCCUCGGUGCCUGCCGGAGCCGCCCCAGACCCGAGCGGGCCCCGCCGCAGCGGCCCCCGCGGGGCCCUGGAGGAAGCAACAAAGAGCCGGGCGCCGGGGCCGCGCCGAUGAGCCGGCCCGGCUGCGCCGCUGCGGAGACGGGAGCCCCCGGCGGCCGCCCGGAGGCGCGGAGCUAACUAAGUCCGCCCCGCCGGCUGGACUGGGCCCGGGGCCCGGCAGCGCCCGAGGAAGAAGCGGGCAGAGCGGCGGCCCCUCUGCCCGGCCGGCCGGGCCGGGAUGCAGCCGCGAGUCCGCAAGCAGCCGGCCCACCGCAGCAGCAGCAGCAGCAGCAGGAGGGGCUCCCCGGGCCCCCGCACCCCCCGCUGAGCCGGAGCCCCCGGCCGGCCGGCCCCGGGCGUGCGUGCGCUCCGAGCCCCGCGGUCGGCCGCUUCCGACGUGGCGGCCGCUGCUCCGAAGCCUCCGCCCGGAUUGCCUCGUGCGGCCGUUCGCGGCUCAUGGCUCGGCCCCGGACAGCAGCCAGUCCCCGCUGAGCCCGGCUCCAUCCGGCGACGACGCCUCGGGCAGACACGUGUGACAGAACUCCGUGAGCCCCAGGCCCCAGCUCUGUCUCCACCAUGUUGGCCUGUCUGCAGCGGACCCAGAACCCACCCCCUCAGCACCUCCCCUGCCCCAACAAGACCCUGGAGCUCCGAAAGUGCGAGCCGGUGAGCUCCAUGCAUUCCCCGCGGUACCCGAGCCCAGCCGAGUUGGACGCCUACGCCCAGAAGGUGGCCAACAGCCCCCUCAGCAUCAAGAUCUUCCCCACCAACAUCCGCGUCCCGCAGCACAAACACCUGAGCCGCACCGUCAAUGGGUACGACACGACGGGCCAGCGCUACAGCCCCUACCCGCUGCACGCCGGCGGCUACCAGGGCCUGCUGGCCAUAGUCAAGGCCGCGGUGUCCUCCUCCUCCGGCUCGGGCUCGGCUCCCGCCGCGGCCUCCGCCGCCGCCGCCUCCUCUUCCUCCUCCAGCAAAGGCGUGGUCAAGAGCGUGGAGGGCAAGCGGACGAAGCUGUCGCCUGCGGCUGUGCAGGUGGGCAUCGCGCCCUACCCCGUGUCGAGCACUUUAGGCCCCGGCGCCGUGCCCUUGGGCUACCACGGAGGGCAGAAGGCCCUGGAGGGGCCCGUCCCGCCCCCUAACGUCACGGUGGCGGCCUCGGUCAUCCCUCUGGCCGGGCGCGGGCUGGCGCUGCCGCCCUCCAACCUGCCCUCCAUCCAGAGCAUCAUCUACCAGGUCAACCAGCAGUGCCAGGCGCCGGGCUCGCAGCCGGCCUGCCAGGGGGUGGCGGGCGCUCACCCCAGCCCGGCCAAGCGCGCCGCGGCCGCCACGCCCGCGGGCUUCUCGGCCAUGGCCGGCUCCGCCCUGGCCUACGCCAGCGCCGUGCUGCCCGACUGCCGCAAGGGGGCCGAGCUGGUGGUGGGGGCCACGCCGGCCAUGGCCCUGGGGGGCCUCAAGCCCGCCGGCUACCCGGAGGCGGGCGGGGCCGGCCUGGACUACUUACUCUGGCCGCAGAAGCCGCCGCCGCCGCAGCCGCAGCCGCAGCCGCAGCCGCAGCAGCAGCAGCUCCGGCUGUACAGCGGCGGCAGCGGCGGGGGCGGGGCGGUGAGCAAGUCCCCGGAGGUGUGCGGGGCCGGGCCGGGGGCGGGGGCCCGGCCCUACCUCCUGAGCGGCGCGGCCGCGGACAAGGUGAGCUCCUCGCCCUUGAACUGCGUGGGCAUGCACGGCAACUUCUCCGUGGGGCCCUACUUUGCCCCCCCGUGGAACAGCAUCCUGGUCACCCCCAACAGCGACUGUUACAACCCCGGGCCCGAGCUGGGCCCGGGCGCGCGCGAGCUGGCGGUGCACCCGGCCGACGGGCUGUCGGGCCUCCCCAGCAAGACGGUCUGCAACACGUCCAUCCUGAGCAGCAGCCUGCAGUCGCUGGAGUACCUCAUCAACGACAUCCACCCGCCCUGCAUCAAGGAGCAGAUGCUGGGCAAGGGCUACGAGACCGUGUCGGUGCCCCGCCUCCUGGACCACCAGCACGCCCACAUCCGCCUGCCCGUCUACAGAUAAGGGCCGGGGGGGCUCUGGUCCGGACCGACAGACGGGGGCGGGGUGCGGGGAAACGGGCCGGCAGCGGGGGCCCGCGGGCCGCCCUCCCGUAGCGGGCCCCGCAGCCCCCGAGGGGCGGGGCCAAGGGCCGGAAAGCUGCUUCCGGGAGAGGCUUUGGACUGAAGCUCCCGGGCCGGCCGGGCGGGAGGGACAGCUCGGCCUCCUGAGCAUCCGAAGCGGGGGGGUGGGGGCUGGGGGGGCAUCGCUCAGUGCUGCCUCUGGCGGACGGGGGCGGGGGCGCUGCCUGGAGGAGGGGAGGCGGCGGGAGGGUCCACGACCACCAGACCCUGCCGUCCCGUCUCUCGCUACUCCUGCCCGCUUCCCUGUGGCUGCUACCCAGCCCGAGCCCUUCCCCCUUAGUCUGGAGAUGGGGCUUCAUCAAGUCCUA